CUUGCUUUCGCCUUGCAAUUCCCAGGAGGUCCCUAAUUGCAGACGCCCCGCGGGGUUUGCAAAGCGCUUUGUCGGUGGCCUCCCUGGAAGGAAGCAUUCAACCUGCCAGCCUGGGACUGCUCCACCUCAAUUCUCCACACACACCCCACCCCUGGCCCCCUUUCCCACCCUUGGUAGGGCUCGUGGCUGGCUGGUGCGGACCUUGUCCUGCAGGAAGGAUGACAACCCCCAUCCCCACCCGAACUGUCUUGCAAUGGGUUUUCCUGUGCAAACUAUCAGUUUUGGGUGGAGGUGCUGGAGAAAGAGCCACAGCAUUUUGGGGGUGCUGAGAAAAAGCCAGAGCGUUUUGGGGAUAGGACUGCUGGAGGAAAGACCAGAGCAGUUUGAGGGGGUGAGAGUGCUGGAGAAAAAGCCAGAACAUUUUGGGGUCCCCACACUGGACCUGAGCUGACUGCCGAGCAUUGGAGGUAUCUCCAGCUUGGACUUUUUUGUGUUCUUUGGAAAGUUACCAGGGUGCUGUGGCAAAGAAGGUCAUAAAACAGGCCAAUACUCACUUAACAACUGCCUUAAUUCACAACAUAAAUUUUGACCUCAAUUGUGGUCCUAUAUCGAGUCCUACACGUACUUCCUUUUUGAAAAGUGAUUGCAUGUGUUGGUGGUGUGUGUGGGUGUGUUUAACAGCAGUGUCUUCUCUGUCUUCUGUUAAAUGUUUGUGAACAAGAACAUCCUAUCGACGUCUACGAAGGCAGCUCUCUUUUUUUCCCUCACUUUUUCUUUUCUUUUAUUCCUUUCCCUUAGCUUGAAAACUGAAAGCAUUUAUUUAUUUUGCUCUGUGGGAGGAUUCUUAUCGUUUGAGGAUCAAAGUCCCACAUCUCCCAAAAUGGCUUCUUGCCAUUCUGCUCCUCUGACCGAAAGUCCUUUUGCAAAUCCAGGACAGACUUCGGAUGGAUGUGAACCAGCGUCUUGGUACACCCCAAAAACUGGCUCACGAGACCCAGAAGGAUAUAGAUCCCGUGUUGCCUUGCUUGGCUCUACUGAGAAGUUCUGGGGAAGAAUGAGGAAGGACAACGUCCUGCAAGGAGAAACCACCAGACGGGCUGGAGAACAUCAACUUUGCCGGGAGUUCAUAUACAAAGAGACUGAGGCACCUCGAGAACUUUGCACUCGCUUACACCGUCUUUAUCGUCAAUGGCUGAAGCCAGAGAAACACACGAAAACUCAGAUGUUGGACUUGGUGGUCCUGGAGCAGUUCCUGGCCGUCCUGCCCCCAAAGAUGGAAAGCUGGGUACGAGAGUGUGGAGCAGAGACCAGCUCCCAGGCAGUAGCCCUUGCGGAAGGUUUCCUCCUGAGCCAGGAAGAGGAGAAGAAGCAGGGAGAAACGCAGGUUCAGAAUCCCUUCAUGGAAGUGGAUGCUCAGAACUCCCAACCACACAGAGAUGUGUCAUCUCUAUCUCAGGAACUGGCCUUCGAAAGGAUCUCCCAAGAAGAUCCAGCUCAGAUCACAUCCGAAAGGAAUGGAGCAACCCUGAGGUUUCCUGCAGAAACACCUUUGCUUUGUGGUGGAACUGAAACUGCUGUUGUUAUUCCAACUCAGUUUCAGAAUCACAUGUCAUUUGAAGAUAUAGCCAUAUUUUUUUCUGAAGAGGAGUGGGCCCUGCUGAAUCCUGACCAGAAAUUGCUGUACAGGGAGAUCAUGUUGGAAAAUGCAAGGAAUGUGACCUGCAUAGGCAAAAGGUGGGAGAACGAGGACUCUAAGAAGGAGAUGAUAGAGCACUUGCCAACAGUCAACAAUGAAAUUGGAGAAAGGAUGUUCCGAUGUCAGUGGGGAGUCCAAAGUCCUGAGGAAAACCAGCUAAAUGGAGAGCCAGAGAAAGCCCUCGCUUUUCAUUGUGGAGAUAACAAUGCGCUCCAGGCUGAAAAAAAUCACCAAGAAACCGGAAUGUGUCCAGGCUGUGGAAAAAUAUUGAAGGAGGAAUCAGGAUUGUGUGGAUAUUGCAGAAGGCCACCUGUCGAGACACAACAUGAAAACAGGGAACGGGCCUUUCCUCUUACUUUAGAUCAAAAUAUAUCGCUUGGGGAGAAAUUAUAUAACUAUGUGGAAUGUGGAGAGAGCUUCAGCCAGAGUAGCCAUCUCAGUAACCAUCAAAAGAGUCACAUCCGGGAGAAUACAAAUCAAUGCAUGGAUUGCGGGAAGAGCUUCCUUCAGAAAAGUCACCUUAUGACCCAUGAAAGGAUCCACCAAGGAGAGAAACCACAUCCAUGCUUGGAGUGUGGAAAAAGCUUCAUUAAGAGAACUUACCUCACUUCUCACAUGAGAAUCCACAGCGGGGAGAAACCCUAUCAAUGUACGGAGUGUGGGAAAGGCUUCUCUCGGAAAAGCAACCUUGCUUCCCAUAAGAGGAUCCACACAGGGGAGAAACCGUAUCAGUGCCUGGAGUGCGGGAAGCGCUUCAGUGAAGUAAGUCAUCUCACUACCCAUAAGAGGAUCCACACAGGGGAGAAACCAUAUCAGUGCCUGGAGUGUGGGAAGCGCUUCAGUGAUGGAAGUCACCUCACUUCCCAUAAAAGGACCCAUACAGGAGAGAAGCCAUAUAAAUGUCUGGAGUGUGGGAAGUGUUUUAGCAUGAGCAGUUCCCUGGCAUCCCAUAAAAAGACCCACACGGGAGAGAAGCCAUACAUAUGUACGGAAUGUGGAAAAAGCUUCAUUACGAGAAGUUCCCUGACUUCCCACACGAGAAUCCAUACUGGGGAGAAGCCAUAUCAAUGUCUGGAGUGUGGGAAGAGUUUUAGUGUAAGGAGUUCCCUUAGUUCUCAUAAAAGGAUCCACACGGGGGAGAAACUGUACAACUGUGUGGACUGUGGAAUAAGCUUUAGAAAUAGUAGUUCUGUGACUUCCCACAGAAGGAUCCACAUGGGAGAAACCAUAUAUGUCCGGCUGCCCAAAGCAACCCUGCUGCCAUUUGCUUUCGUUUCGUGGCGGGAGAAGGAAGAAAGCAAACAGCAAUGGCUCGGCAGUGCUCCGGGAGGGCAGGUGGACCGUGAACGUUCUGGGCCUUAUGCAUGUGCACAUGCACACGUGAAUGUGCUGCACUACCGCCAUUCGCCUUCUUUCUUCUCCCGUUGUGAAACGAAAGCGAAUGGCAGCGGGUUGCUUCGGGUGGUUGCUUCGGGAAGUGGCGCCGUGGCUGAGCCUCCUUCCCCAGGAGCGCCGGAUUCCACAGGCUGUGUUCCUGGAGUAGUGCUGGCAAGCAAGAACCGAUUUCGGGAUCAGAAACUCGACGGAUCGCGGACUAGAUGGAAACGGGGCAGAGUCGCUCGCUUUGCGCAAUUGGCAGGCGGGAUCUACGAGGGGGCGCUGUCAGGAGAGCAAGCGCUGCCCAGCCCAGCCCAGCCCAGCGGGGAAGGAGGAGAAGCGAGUCUUCGCAGGAGAGGGAGGGGCCCAUCACUUGGGAGGACUCUAGAAACAAUGCCAUUUUCUCUAACCGUUAAGAUUGGCUGCAGAAGAGUGCGCAGGUGCGAAUCUAAUCUCCAACUCAAAGGCGAGGGUGGAGCUGCGAGGUGGAUGGAGCCUGGAAUCCCGGGCGGGUGGGAGGAGUUCGGAGCUGGGCACUUGAUCGCUUGCAGCCAGUCGACGGAUCCUGGUGAGGAAGUCAGAUCGAGCGAUGUCGCAGACCAGCGUUCCUGGGUGAGCUCACAUCUUUACCAGGAAGUCAGAUCGAGCGAUGUCGCAGACCAGCGUUCCUGGGUGAGCUCACAUCUUUACCAGGUUCAGGAUCCCUUCAUGGAAGUGGAUGCUCAAAACUCCCGACCACACAGAGACGUGUCAUCUCUCUCUCAGGAACUGGCCUUCAGAGGGAUCUCCCAAGAAGAUCCAGCUCAGAUCACAUCCGAAAGGAAUGGAGCAACCCUAAGGUUUCCUGCAGAAACAUCUUUGCUUUGUGGUGGAACUGAAACUGCUGUUGUCAUUCCAACUCAGAAUCAUAUGUCAUUUGAAGAUAUAGCCGUAUUUUUUUCUGAAGAGGAGUGGGCCCUGCUGAAUCCAGACCAGAAAUUGCUGUACAGGGAGAUCAUGUUGGAAAAUGCAAGGAAUGUGACCUGCAUAGGCGAAAGGUGGGAGAACGAGGACUCUAAGAAGGAGAUGAUAGAGCAUUUGCCAACAGUCAACAAUGAAAUUACAGAAAGGAUGUUCCGAUGUCAAUGGGGAGUCCAAAGUCCUGAGGAAAACCAGCUAAACGGAGAGCCAAAGAAAGCCCUCGCUUUUCAUUGUGUAGAUAGCAACACGCUGCUGGCUGAAAAAAAUCACCAAGAAACCAGAAUGUGUCCAGGCUGUGGAAAAAUAUUGAAGGAGGAAUCAGGAUUGUGUGGAUAUUGCAGAAGGCCGCCUGUCGAGACACAACAUGAAAACAGGGAACGGGCCUUUCCUCUUACUUUAGUUCAAAAUAUAUCGCUUGGGGAGAAAUUAUAUAACUAUGUGGAAUGUGGAGAGAGCUUCAGCCAGAGUAGCCAUCUCAGUAACCAUCAAAAGAGUCACAUCCGGGAGAAUACAAAUCAAUGCAUGGAUUGCGGGAAGAGCUUCCUUCAGAAAAGUCACCUUAUGACCCAUGAAAGGAUCCACCAAGGAGAGAAACCACAUCCAUGCUUGGAGUGUGGAAAGAGCUUCAUUAAGAGAACUUACCUCACUUCUCACAUGAGAAUCCACAGCGGGGAGAAACCCUAUCAAUGUGUGGAGUGUGGGAAGGGCUUCUCUCAGAGAAGCCACCUUCCUUCCCAUAAGAGGAUCCACACGGGGGAGAAACCGUAUCAGUGCCUGGAGUGCGGGAAGCGCUUCAGCGAUGUAAGUCACCUCACUUCCCAUAAAAGGAUCCACACCGGAGAGAAGCCAUAUAAAUGUAUGGAGUGUGGGAAGAGUUUUAGCGUGAGCUGUUCCCUGACAUCCCAUAUGAGGAUCCACCGAGGAGAGAAACCCUAUCAAUGUGUGGAGUGUGGGAAGCGCUUCAGUCGCAAAAGCCGCCUUACUUCCCAUAAGAGGAUCCACACAGGGGAGAAACCGUAUCAGUGCCUGGAGUGCGGAAAGAGCUUCAGUGAUGCACGCUACCUCACUUCCCAUAAAAGGAUCCACACCGGAGAGAAGCCAUAUCAGUGUCUGGAGUGUGGGAAAAGUUUUAGCGUAAGCAGUUCCCUGACAUCCCAUAAAAGGACCCACACAGGGGAGAAGCCAUACAAAUGUACGGAAUGUGGAAAGAGCUUCACUGUAAGCAGUUCCCUUAGUUCUCAUAAAAGGAUCCACACGGGGGAGAAACCAUACAAAUGUGUGGAAUGUGGAAAGAGCUUUAGAAAGAGUAGUUCUGUGACUUCCCACCGAAGGAUCCACACGGGGAAACCAUAUGAGUGCAUGGACUGUGGACAGAACUUCAGAGACCCCAGUUCUGAGGUUAGGAUCCUCGUGCAGAAAUGGACCCUUCCGGCCCUCCCUUUCGCUGUCCUGGCGGACUCCCCUCAGGGAAAAAAAACCGCCUUUGAAGCAUCUUGCGAACCUUCGGAAAAGAACCGUUGGAAGGGGCGGGGCUACGAUUUCCCGCCUGUCUGUGAGGAAGCACCGAGUGACAAAGACAUCCUCCUCUUCUGCUUGAAAACUGAAAGCAUUUAUUUAUUUUGCUCUGUGGGAGGAUUCUUAUCGUUUGAGGAUCAAAGUCCCACAUCUCCCGAAAUGGCUCACAGUGGCUCUUCUUGCCAUUCUGCUCCUCCAACCGAAAGUCCUUUUGCAAACGCAGGACAGACUUCAGAUGGAUGUGAACCAGCGUCUCGGUACACCCCAAAAACCGGCUCACGAGACCCAGAAGGAAAUGGAUCCCGUGUUGCCUUGCUUGGUUCUACUGAGAAAUUCUGGAGAAGAACGAAGAAGGACAACGUCCUGGAAGGAGAAACCACCAAAUGGGCUGGAGGACAUCAAUUUUGCCAGGAGUUCUACAAAGAAGCCGAGGCACCUCGCGAACUUUGCACUCGCUUACACCGUCUUUAUCGUCGAUGGCUGAAGCCAGAGAAACACACGAAAACUCAGAUGUUGGACCUGGUGGUCCUGGAGCAGUUCCUGGCAGUACUGCCCCCAAAGAUGGAGAGCUGGGUGCGAGAGUGUGGAGCAGAGACCAGCUCCCAGGCAGUGGCCCUUGCGGAAGGCUUUCUCCUGAGCCAGGAAGAGGAAAAGAAACAGGGAGAGAUGCAGGUUCAGGAUCCCUUCAUAGAAGUGGAUGCUCAAAACUCCCGACCACACAGAGACAUGUCAUCUCUCUCAAAGGAACUGGCCUUUGGAGGGAUCUCCCAAGAGGAUCCAGCUCACAUCACAUCAGAAGGGAAUGGAGCAACCCUGAAGUUUCCUGCAGAAAUGCCUUUGCUUUGUGGUGGAACUGAAACUGCUGUCGUCAUUCCAACUCAGAAUCAUAUGUCAUUUGAAGAUAUAGCCAUAUUUUUUUCUGAAGAGGAGUGGGCCCUGCUGAAUCCUGAUCAGAAAUUGCUGUACAGGGAAAUCACGUUGGAAAAUGCAAGGAAUGUGACCUGCAUAGGCGAAAGAUGGGAGAACGAGGACUCUAAGACGGAGAUGAUAGAGCACUUGCCAACAGUCAACAAUGAAAUUGGAGAAAGGAUGUUCCGAUGUCAGUGGGGAGUCCAAAGUCCUGAGGAAAACCAGCUAAACGGAGAGCCAGAGAAAGCCCUCGCUUUUCAUUGUGCAGAUAACAAUGCGCUCCAGGCUGAAAAAAAUCACCAAGGAACCGGAAUGUGUCCAGGCUGUGGAAAAAUAUUGAAGGAGGAAUCAGGAUUGUGUGGAUAUUGCAGAAGGCCGCCUGUUGAGGCACAACAUGAAAAUAGGGAACGGACAUUUCCUCUUACUUUAAAUCAAAAUAUAUUGCUUGGGGAGAAAUUAUAUAACUAUGUGGAAUGUGGAGAGAGCUUCAGCCAGAGUAGCCAUCUCAUUAACCAUCAAAAGAGUCAGGUCUGGGAGAAUCCAUAUCAAUGCAUGGAUUGUGGGAAGAGCUUCCAUCAGAAAAGUCACCUUAUGACCCAUGAAAGGAUCCACCGUGGAGAAAAACCACAUCCAUGCUUGGAGUGUGGAAAGAGUUUCAUUAAGAGAACUUACCUCACUUCUCACAUGAGAAUCCACAGCAGGGAGAAACCCUAUCAAUGUACGGAGUGUGGGAAGGGCUUCUGUCGGAAAAGCCGCCUUAUUUCCCAUAAGAGGAUCCACACAGGGGAGAAACCGUAUCAGUGCCUGGAGUGCGGAAAGAGCUUCAGUGAUGCAGGUUACCUUACUUCCCAUAAAAGGAUCCACACUGGAGAGAAGCCGUAUCAGUGUCUGGAGUGUGGGAAGAGUUUUAGCAUAAGCAGUUCCCUGACAUCCCAUAAAAGGACCCACACGGGGGAGAAGCCUUAUAAAUGUACGGAAUGUGGAAAGAGCUUCACUGUAAGCAGUUCCCUUAGUUCUCAUAAAAGGAUCCACACAGGGGAGAAACCGUACAACUGUGCAGAAUGUGGAAAGAGAUUUAGAAAGAGUUGUUCUGUGACUUCCCACAGAAGAAUCCACACGGGAGAACCAUAUGAGUGCACGGACUGUAGACAGAACUUCAGAGACCCCAGUUCUGAGGUUAGGAGCCUCAUGCAGAAAUGUUAGAAUUCUUUAUUGGCCAAGUGUGAUAGGACAUAAGCGGAAUUCGUUUUUUUUUUUUACACAAGGAAAUGUCAUGGAAGUGGAUCAUGGGCUAAAAUAAAUUGGUAUGGCUGAAGGAAGGAAAACGAGGAAUUAUCGCCCUGUAUCCCUCUAUCAGGGAGAUGGGCGGUUAAGAAAUUGGAUGGAUGGACGAUACAUAUAUUGUUUCAUUUCAUUUUAUAAGAUUUAAGAUGAUAAAAUGGUGGAUGAGAUCAACUGAAGGCUCUUGGAAGAGUUACAACUAAUUGAGUCUUUCAUUUGUACCUCAAUAAUUGUCUGGUUUGACACAGCAACCAAACAGGAUAGGUACAGACGGAUAGUUGUACCUAACGGAUAGUUAGGACUGCAAGAUAAAACAAUCACAACCAGCCUUCUACUGAGGAUACACUGCAUGAACCAGAAAGAGGGCUGAGAAAAUACCUAUAGACCCCUCACAUCCUGCACAGAAUCGAUUUCAUCUUCCCCCCCCUCAGGACUCUGCUAUAGGGCAUUGCAUACCAAAACAACCAGACAGAAAGAUAGUUUUCUUCCUCCUCCCCCAUGCCAUCACACUUCAUUCCCACAGAACUCUCUUAUUUUUCAUAUUUUCUCAUUUUUCUCAUCUUUCCAAUUAUCUUCUCCUUUUGGUUCCUUAUGAUUUAUCAAUUAUUUGUAACAAUAGAAUAGAAAUAGAAAUAGAAAUAGAAAUAGAAAUAGAAAUAGAAUAGAAUAGAAUAGAAUUCUUUAUUGCCCAAGUGUGACUGGAUUAAUGAUUGUAACUAUGAUUUGUGAUCUAUGACCCAUUCAUUGCUUUUUAUAUGUACAGUGUGAGUUUAUGCACCAGAGACUUCUCUUCUGUUCUGUUCCACUCCUACUCUACUCUCAUUCCCAUUAUCCUAUCCCGGGGUUGGCAACCUUUAAACCUUAAAGGUCCUAACCGGAAGCCCCCCAUUCAAUUCUGGAGCCAACUGGAAGUCUGGUUCUCCCACCAUAGAGUCUCUUUCUAGCGCGGCGUCAGUUUUCCUCUACCCGUCCUAACCAAAAGCCGUAUCAAUUGUGGAGCAAACCGGAAAAUCUGCCCCUUGCCAUAGAGUCUCCUCCUGGCAUCCCGUGCUUUUCCCUCCCUAACCGGAAGCUCCUCAAAAUUGUGGUGCCAACCAGCAACAGCUGCAGCAGAAGGAUGCAAAAGCCACAUGCGGCUCCAGAGCCGUGUGUUGCCUAGUCCUGUCCUAUCCUAUCCUGUCCUGUCCUAUCCUAUCCUAUCCUAUCCUAUCCUAUCCUAUCCUAUCCUAUAUCAUUGACAAAUAUCUAUAAACCUGUUGAUCAUCAGAGGAAGUAGAUGUAGGGAAUAAGAUGGCAGACAGGAUCAAAAAUCUUGAAAUAGCUAUAGGUUAUUAGAGACAAGUACCUAUAAAUCUGAUCAUUAUAAGCAGUAGAUGGAGGAACAGUUAGUAGGACUUGGCACUUUAGUCUUUCCUUGCGUAUGAAUACUGAAUUUGCAUAUUUCUACAUACCAGGUCUGAUUUUCUUAAUUCCAACUUCACUUACACAGUAACCAAGUUGGAAAGGACCUUGAAGUCUUCUAAUCCAACCUCCUGCUCAAACAGGAGGCUUCCAAUUCUCAAUUCUUUCUCUUUCAUUGGUUCCUUCUGGUAGCUUGAUCUCUCUCCAGUAAGAGUACUUAAUUUGCAUUUGUUUAUAUAUUGGAUUUCCUGUUUAUAAUUUGGUUGCAAAAAUGUAUACUAUCUCCUGUUUAUUAAAGAAAUAUUGAGGUUGGA